AGCCGGCUGGAGCCAGGGCAGCAACCCUUACAUGUCCGGCCUCUGCUUUCCCUACAACUUCUACAGCGCCAACCCCCAGCUUGCCGCCGCAUACGCCAGCCUGGGCGGCCCGCAGUGGAACCCCAUGGACGUGGCGGCAGCGCAGGCGCCCGUGCACGGCAAUGUUGGGACCGGGGGAGCCCCCGCGCCAUCGCUGCAGUCUGGGCAGCAGGUCUGGGGUGGCGGCCAGGCGCAGGGCUGGGGCAAUGGCGCCAGCAAUCAGCAGAUCGGGGCCGGCGGCGGAGGCCAGAUCGGGGGCUGGCAGGUGUGGCCCGGCCAGGGCAGCGAGAUGUCCGGCGGCGAGGGGCAGCCGGCCGCAAGCCAGCAGUCCAAGGCGCAGCACCAGCAGCAGCAGCAGCAACACCAGCAUCACCAGCACCACAACGGUGUCAAGCAGCAGCAGGAUGAUCAGCGCUUCACACCGUCAGGAAUGCCCUUCCUGCACGGCGCCAACAGCAGCCUGCUCAGCGGGAACAGCGGCAGCAGCGCCCACACAGUGGGCCAGGGCGAGCUGGCGCCCAAACGGCUGCAUCACCAGACGCACUCCAUUGACACUGCCGGCUAGGGGCUGAGCGCAGAGCGGGAAGAGGAGGUUGCACCAGACGUUUCAAGACAGCAGCAAGAGAUACUUGUCCGCAAGACUGAUGAACACUGAUGUGUCACAUUGAUGAGUUGGUUUUUGUUGCUGCACUGUACAAGUUUCCCAGAUUUUGUCUCGCUCCAAUUCUUGUUCGAGUCUGGAACACAAGGCCGCGUGAAAGAACUCAUAGAUCCAGCUGCACCAUUAUGAUCGCAGGCCCUUCUCGGAUGAGUAUAGCCCCGGAAGCCUCAAAAUUUGUUCCUGGUCUUUGGAGCAUGCAGUGUUUAAAUACGAUGAGGCUGCCUCAUCCUGUGCUUUUGGAGCACAAGAAAAGGCGCUGAGGUCCUGCAUGCGAGGUCAUCUUUUCCUUUCUGGCAACACUGGUUCAUGAUAGGCCUCUCUCUUGGUCUCUUUAACAUGACACACAAGUGGAAGCAACUGCAUUGCAUGAGUAUGAACUGGUGGCACGACUGGUCAUUUGAGCCUGCCGACUUGACUUGGCCUGAAUCGACUUUGUGUGAUGCUUUUUAUGUGACUCUUGAUUUUCUGUUGCUGCACUUUAUCAGCUAUAUAUACUCCCGCUACUGUGAAUGAUAAAGGGAGGCCAUGAUAAGAUGAUUGCUAGGUGCCGUCUUGCAUGAGUGAUAAAUCAGCUAGAAGCCUUCAAGGACAUUGGUGCUUACCUUGGCUGCUGUACCAUAUUGGGAUCCCAAGGAAGUGUCAAUGUAAUGGAAUGAUCU